AUGAAUGAUAGCUAUGAUAGCUUAUUUAAAAUUUUAUUGAUUGGAGAUAGUGGUGUUGGAAAGUCUUGUUUACUCCUUCGUUUUGCUGAUGAUACUUAUACAGAUAGUUACAUUAGCACAAUAGGAGUUGAUUUCAAAAUUAAAACUAUAGAAAUUGAUGAUAAAAUUAUAAAAUUACAAAUAUGGGAUACAGCAGGUCAAGAGAGAUUUCGAACAAUAACGUCAUCAUAUUAUAGAGGAGCUCAAGGAAUAAUAAUUGUUUAUGACGUAACUGAUAGAGACAGUUUUAAUAAUGUCAAAAAUUGGAUAAUUGAAAUAGAAAAGUAUGCUUCUGAAGAUGUUCAAAAAAUAUUAAUUGGAAACAAAAUAGAUUUAAAAAAUGAUAGAAAUGUAAGUUAUGAAGAAGGGAAAGAAUUAGCUGAUAGUUGCAAUAUCCAAUUUUUAGAAACAUCAGCUAAAAUAGCUCAUAAUGUUGAACAGGCAUUCAAAACGAUGGCUUACGAGAUAAAAAAUAAAUCUCAUUUAGAAAAUCAACAAAAAGGAAAGGCAAAUAUUAAUUUAAAUGCAAAACCAGUCAAAGAUAAUAAAAAAAAGUGUUGUUGA